UGCAGACGAGAAGCAGUGAGGGCCAGAGUCAUGGUGCACGUACGCGCGUCUAUGGUGGUGGUUAUGGGGGUUGUGUGUGUGAUUAUGGGGGUCGGUGAUGCCAGGAUGGACCCGCUGUUCAGGGCGAGGUGUCACGCUACCUGCAUCAGACAGCAUGAUAAAAUACAGUGCGAGUCGGAGUGCGGGCUGUUGACGAGGUCGAAGCCAGGAUUUUGCCCGGAUCGUCAAAAUCUACGAUGGCAUGACAAGGCGUGCAUCGCUGCCUGCGUGGAUGACGUGGAUUGCGAGGAAACAGAGAAAUGCUGCUCCAACGACUGCGGCACCACAUGUCAACGUGCCAUCGGCCUGGACCAGGAGCUAGGUCUGCCCGCAGUACCCAGUAACUUGACAGUCUCUGAUUCCAAGAGACAGCGCGCCAAGCAGAUCCAAUGGGUGGCGUCAGCAACUGACGGAGAUGUCGUCUACGUGCUGCAGCAGCGUUCACACGUCGGGCGUGAUCCUGACCUGCGCCUCUUCGGACCUUGGAAACCGAGGAGUCGCCGCCGGCGUAACCGCCAACUCCUGACAGGUCUCACCCCUGCUACAUGGUACCAAGUGAGGGUCGCGGCUGUUAAUUCCAACGGCUCCCGGGGGUACUCCCAACCCUCUGCACCGUUCAAGUUACAAAUAGACCCAGAAAAACCCUUCGAGCCGAGUAAUCUGACCGCGGGACGCUCCGGUUGGGUGGAUGGGAAGCUGUGGACAGAGCUGCGAUGGCGCCGCGCACCCUCCGACCUGCCUCUGCAGCAUUACAAGGUCUUCUGGAGCCACUGCAUCAAGACUGACCAGGAGGACGCGGCCGCCGCUUGCAAAAGGAACUCAGUCAUCGUGAAGCACAAGACCGUUAACUACAAGACAACAUCCUUCAUCCUAAAGGACUUAAAACCGCUAUCCCUCUACUUCAUACAAGUUCAAGCAGUCACUGUGCCUUUUGGCAGGAAAAAACUGUGUUCUGAUAAAGCUGUUAUAUUUAUUAACACUGCAAAAUACAAAAAUGCCACCUACAACUGGCGAGUCCAGCCUGAGAGGUCAGUGAAAGAUCUGAGGAUCCUCAACUAUUACCGCAGCAGUCCCGACACAUUGGAGGCUCGGGUUGUAUGGAGGGGAGCUGCAGGACGAUACUUGGUCAAGUGGUCGCCUCACUCUAGCUGUGAGGCAGCGAAAAACAAUCCUUCCAACGAGGCUACAACUGAGUUUACUGAGUUCGACAUUGACAACUUGGAGUUUGACUGCAAGUACCAUGUGAGUGUCAGUUCCAUCAACACCACCAAAAAGGCUAUGAUCACAAUAACAACUCCCAGCUGCAAUCAAGUCAUGUCAAAGCUGUCGUGUUGAUCAUCCACAACAGCUUGUGAUACAUUGUGACUCUAGUGUCAGAAGUAGUUCUGAGAGGGGCUACAGGCAAACUGACUUUAUUUGAUGUACUAUUUUAACAUAUAGCUGUUGAAAGACAGAUAGACGAUCCAUAAGCACCCGCCUUAGGGUUACACACCGGUAUCACAGACAUAAUGUCGCCGAUAUUUCUGAUGUCGUGGGCAUGAUGUCUGCGACAUAUAAAUUAGAAUCAUGGGAAGAGGCACGUGCUGGCGACAUGAGAGCAGCGCCGUAAUACAAGUCUAAGUUACUUAGACUACUUACUUGAGUCUAAUUAAGUAACUAAUAAAUAACUUAAAUAAUAAAUUUAUAAAUUAUAAUAAAUUGUAAAUAAAAUUAUAAAUUAUAAUAAAUGAUUUAUAAUAAUUAAAUAAGUAAAUAACUUAAGUCUAAGAUACUUUUACUUAGACUCUAUUUAACGUUAAUGUCUGGAAAGUUAGCAGCUUCAGCAGCACCAAAACUACUAGAAACGUGUUCUGCGCAUGCGCGGGCCCAAGAGACAAGAGACAUGUCUGUCCAAACACCAACCGGUUGGUUCGCUCGAGACACGCGUCUGCGACACGAGUCGCAGGCAACGUGUCUGCAACACUGGUGUGUAUAGCUCCAUAAGUUAACAUAGGUUGGUUUUCGAGGGGCAUGUCGCAGGCACGAAAAAUAUCGGCGACAUUAUGUCGGAGAUACCAGUGUGUAACCCGCCUAUAUUUACUUAGUAAAGCUUUUUAAUAUGAGUUAAAACAGUCAAAACCUUCUUAUUAGUAUUUUUACAAGUGAGUUUUGAGAAGUCCAAACGGCCUGAAAGAUAUAUUUUUUUAAUUUGCACAGUCAUUAAUAAAAAACCAAAUUUGAUAUUUGCUGGCAAAGGAAAAUACUUGGGUAUCGACAUUGACAGGACUUUGUUAGAAGUACAGUACCUAUCUAGAGUGUUGCUGUUAUCUAAGUGAAGUUUGUAAAGUUACACAAUAUAUUUUUGGAAAUUACGAUUUAACAAGGAGAAAAACUGUUAGUGAUGAAGGAAGUUUUAAUACUAAUGAGAUUUAAAAUAUUCCACAUUAACACCAAUGACUAUAUAAUUUGCCUUGUUGCACUAACCAUUUUUCUCAGCAUUCAGUACCUGUGACCUGUACUAUAUUUUAGUUAUUACUUAAGGUUGUAUAUAAUUUGUAAGAUUAAAAAUAUAAACAAUUAUUUGACAAAUAUAGUUUAGUUUAACAUAGGUUAAGAGUUUGUUUAAAAAUUGAUCUCUUUGCAAGUAAAUUUAUGGAGCACAAUAGGUUUAAGUCAACUGCAUACAUGGUACAAAUAAAUAUUAGACCCUACUUACUAAAAUUUUGGUAAAGUUCUCCUUUUAGUAAAUCAACUAAACUAAAGUUAAGGUGACAUAUUAGUAAAUUUGUAUAUUGUGGUUAGUUGUCGUAUUUCUAUAUUAUGACUAGAAGUUUCUAUGUUACUAUAAAUGAAGAUGAAUCAAAAUUACAACUUAGUUUGACCAAUAACACUAGGGCAUUUCAAUAAUGAGUCUUAACCAAAUACUGUAACUGAAUUAUUGAUUUGAAUCAUAGACCCUCUAAGGGAGUAUCUUGAAUCUAUGUUUGAAUGUACAUAACGUUUAGAAAUGUAUUUCCCUCACUGCUGUUAUACUGGUAGUGAAUUCAAUGUGAAACAGUACAGAAUUACUCUGUGCAUAAAAGUUAUAUUUUCUGCGUAAGUAUUAUUGUCAUGUCUCAUUAUUUUGAUUAUAAAAUAUUA